AUGAGAGGUUUAUUAGUGUUAUCAUUUUUGCUUUAUGACUUCAUUGCGUACGCGUUUAGACAAAAUGGUUACGACUAUGAUUAUCCAGAGGGUAUGAAAAGACAUUCCUUUGCCGAUGAAAGGCGAAAUUGGAGGAAGAAAGCAUUGUCAAAACCUUUUGAACAGGAAUACAAUGACUGGGACGAAAGAAAAUAUGAACACGACAUUCCAGGAUAUUUGGAUGAUUUAAACAAUAAACAUUUUGUAGGAACAGACAGACAACGAGACAUAGAGCCUUCAGAAUCAUUAUACAGAGGACAGAGGCGUUACGAAGACGGAGAUAACGUCAAAUUGGUACCUAAAAUGAGGAGCGCGGAAAUGGGACACUCGACUCAUUACUUAGAUAAGGAUAACGAAAAGAAAGUGCCGUAUACGAUGACCUGUGAGAGACUACAUGAAAGAUACGAGUCCUGUUUCGCUGGUUGCGCCGCGGUAACAUGCGACAACCCCCGCGAGCGACUGCGUCCUUGCUACCCCUUUUGCGAGCCGGGCUGUAUAUGUAUCCAGCCAUACGUACGAGACGAUAGAACACAUAAGUGUGUAUUACCUGAAGACUGCACCAAAGGCCUCAAAGGAAUUCCCGACCUCGGCGACGACGCCUAG